CAGAUUUGAUCAUUGAUUCAAAGAUAUAGUAGUUGGAAGGUGUUGUGUAGGCGAAUGUUCCCGGGAAAACUCGAUUAGAACUCUAGUAAAACGACUGAUAGAGCCAACAAGACACUGAAUUCGACUCGCGGUCUCUCGAUCAUGAGGGAAGAGGAUUACGACCUCGAACCGUCGCCAUUUAGCGAUCCUCAAACUAUUAUGAAGAGGAAUAUGUCACUGCAGUGGGCUCUACAAGACGCUAUGCAGUCUGCACGAGGACGUGGAGAGUUCGCUAGCGGUGUUCACUCUGCAGCGGAGCAGCUAGAUCAAAAUCCAGACGAUGUUGUUCUCUGCAUUCUGGUGGAUAAUAAAAGAGCAGAUCCUGGUAUUCAGGUUCAUUGUCGACUAAUAGAAGCGUUUUGCUGGGAAUUCCCUAUUCCAGUUAUCAAGGUGGAUAGCAGCAUAAGACUGAUGUUCCUAGCAGGUUAUAGCUGGAACCACCCUGAUACCAUCCAUUGUGUUCUCAUCAAGGGUAAAGACAGCAGUGGACCCUUGAUGGAAAAGCUUUUGAGAUUUAGUCAACAAGUACCAGCACCACUAUUAAAGCUGGCAUAAAUCCAUCUAAGAACUUUACGAAUGGACUGCUGGAGUGUGUGGAUCGUACAAAAGCAGCUGCACAAGUUGACCUUGGCUUGAUGAUGCAAUGCCAUAAGCAUUCUAAAAUCCAAUUCCUUGCCUUGAAGUGUUAAUACUUCUUGAUUAUUGAAAAUGGCAGCACUUAGUAACUUAUAUUUAUUUAAGAAAACAUUCACUGACAUGCUUAAAGUGCAAAUGAACCCUUCGACAAUACUUUC